AUGCCUUCUAUGACGCAAAUCAGACGUCAUAGAAGGGAACCUAGAAAUCCCAACAUAAAGCCUACUAGGAAGAGGAAAGUUGCCAAGGAAAAACUUCCAAUAAGUGCCACAGUAAGAAGGAGAGAUGGUGGAGACCAAUGUAGCGAACAACAGAGUAUGCAAUUAAGGCAAAGAAAACAAGCAAGUGGUUCCCAAGGGCCUUCUCAAUCCCAGACAUCUGAAGUAGCCCAAGCUUCUCACUCCCAACCAUCUCAAGCAGCUCAUGCUUCUCAAUCCCAACCAUCUCAAGCAGCUCUCAAUCCCAACCAUCUCAAGCAACUCAGGCUUCUCAAACAUGUCAUUCAUCUCAAUCUGCCAAACUACCUCGAGAACAACAACAUAAGAGGAGGAUGA